GCGGCCGUUUCCGGUUCCGGUAGCGGCUACUGGCGCUCUAUCCCGGAGGCCGGCCAUGGCGGGGAGCCGGGUAGAAACCGUGGGGAGCGUCUUCUCGCGGACUCGGAACCUGAUUCGGGCUGGAGUGUUGAAGGAGAAGCCCCUCUGGUAUGAUGUAUAUAACGCCUUUCCCCCACUGAAGGAGCCGGUCUUUCGAAGACCUCGCUUGCGAUAUGGCAAAGCCAAAGCUUCCAUCCAGGACAUCUUGUACUAUGAGGAUCGGAUUAGAGCGAAAUUUUAUUCUGCUUAUGGAUCUGGUCAAAAAGCAUUUGAUCUGUUCAAUCCAAACUUCAAGUCUACCUGUCAACGGUUUGUGGAGAAAUACAUUGAGCUACAGAAACUUGGAGAAACAGAUGAAGAGAAGUUAUUUGUGGAAACAGGGAAGGCUUUAUUGGCAGAAGGUGUCAUUUUAAGACGAAUAGGAGAAGCAAAGGCUCAACAGGGAGGUAGUCGUGUGUCCUGGAAAUAUGAACAAAUGCGUGUCAUACCCCAGACUGCUUUGGAAGAAAACCAGCCUCAGAAAGAAGUUCCACAGGACCAGCAUUUGGAAGCACCUGAAGAACAGUCAAAAGGUCUCUUGCCUCCCUGAAGGACUUGUAUACUGUGUAUACUGACAACCACUCUGUACCCACUAGAUGAAUGUUGAGCUAUUUUUAACAGUUGAACUGUGUAAAUGUUUCUUGAUCUCUAAGGCAUUAUGUUUGUCUUCUCUUAAUUCCUGUUUCUGGGUUGUCAUAAAGCUCAGUAUUAUGGUUUGAAAGAAGCAGCUAUGUGAACUUUUAUGUUAGGAUAUUACUAAAUAAAGAAUUCCCUAGAUCCUUAUAAAGUAAAUUUACUUUGAAAUUGUAAAUAACAUGAGAAAACCUUUAUAAAAGAUUGAAUGGCACUCAUUCUGAGUAGGUUUGCUCAGAUGUUUGCAUUAGUAUGUGGGCUGACUACACUUGAUUAUCUGGUAUGUAUCUUUUCUCUAAAUCCAUCAGACUUCUACUUGCACAUGUGGUGUGGUCCCUUGGCCAACCACUAUUUGUCUGCAGCUAAUUUUUGUACUUUUUAUUGUAGAACUAUUGACCUUCAACUUGAGAGGCCACACUGGCUUGGUCAUUGGGGGUAAGAGCGAGGACCUAUCAUUAAUGAUGAACAGAGGCCAAAAAUGUAACUUUAAUCUAUGGAUUGAAUGUACUGGAGACAGUCAACAUAGGCCUGCACAUAGUAGGCUGCUCAGUAAAUAUUUGUUGAACGAACAAACGAAUGAAUGAAUGAUUAUAUCAGCUAAAGACUGAAUUCAGAUGGCAUCUCUGUAGGUAACUGGAUUGCCAAAAGGGGAGGUAGCUAGAUGCUCUCCACCAGCAUCCACCUGCAUCCCUGGUGCCAAGGUGUGCUUUUAAGUCCCUAUCAACUGUCCUCCCUUGCUCAUUUCCUCAUGUUUUUACUAAAUAAAUGAAAUACUCCUCUGA